AUGUUACAAGUGAUGACUAGCGAGACAAUUAAUGACGAAGUGCAAAACAACGACAAGGCAAACUAUCGGCUAACUCGAAAAGAAAUUAUCGUUAACAUUCUUGUCUUUAUGGCAGCAGGAUAUGAAACAACAUCAACUGCUUUGGCUUAUGCAACAUUUGCCUCCAAAGAUACAGUCGUACAAGGAAUUAAUAUUGAAAAGGGUACCGUAGUACAUGCUGAUGUCUAUUCAGUUCAUUACGAUCGUGAACUUUGGGGUCCUGAAGAUCCAUACAUCUUCUUUCCUGAACGCCAUAAAACAAAACGUCAUCCAAUGGCUUAUCUGCCAUUUGGAGCAGGCCCACGACAUUGUAUUGGUAUACGCUUUGCAUUGAUGGAGAUGAAACUUCUACUAGUACAGCUACUUCGCAAGUAUUCGAUUUUGCCUGGCGAGAAUCUCGAAAGCAAAUUUAACAUCCGUGAACGGGCAGCCAUCGUACCCGAAGAGGUUUGGGUCAAACUGGUAGAAACAAGUGCUUGA